AUGCCCGCCGCAGUCGACGCUUCCAAGAAGCGCAAAAGCAGCAAAAAUGCUGGCGCCCCCUCCAAGCGCCGUGCUGUCGCAGAGGACGACUUCGCCGAGACCCUGUCUACAAUCGAGAAGCUCGAAAACGAGAUUGCGGAAUCACGAAAGCACUACAACAACAUUGCCACUUUGAUUUCUAUGCUCAAUGUUGAAAAAUCAGCCAAGAACCCUGACCUUGCCGUCGCCGUGUCUCUAUGCCGAGUAUUCAGUCGAUUGAUGGCAGCUGGAACUUUUGCCGAGUCGAGCCAUGCGGCCGAGAACGAGAAGAUCGUUGCGGCCUGGUUGAAGGAGAGAUCCCUGGAAUACCAGCGAGCGCUAGUGGCAAUCAUGCGCGAAGCUGAUUCCACAUCCCAAAUCACAGCUCUGACACUGAGCAUGCGCCUCAUUAAAGAGCGCAUUACACACAUCCCCGGAGCCGAGAAUAUCGUCUGGUCUACAAAUUUCAGAGAUAUCUUGGAGGCUGUGGUUGGAGGCCGGGACAACCAAGAUUUGCAGACAGAGUUGAUCACCAAGUUCCUGAAGGAAUUUGAAGACGUGAGAUAUUACGCCUUCUGGCAAAUUUCUGAAUACGCCGCUACCCGACGAAGCUCCGAAGUCCUCGAUUCCCUUGUUACCAUGCUUGUUGCCUGUGACGACGUGCCCAACCAAGAUCACAAAUUCAAGAAGUUCUUCACACCCCCCGGGAAGAACAAGAAGCUCAUCUCGGCGACCUCCCACAAAAAGCGCGCACAGGAGGCAUGGUUGGCUAUUCUUCGUAACAACCUGUCAGAAGCGCAGCGAAAGAAUCUCCUCCGCAAUAUGGUGCACCACAUCGAGCCCUGGUUCAACCGACCUGAGCUGCUCAUGGACUUCCUGACAGACUCCUACAAUGCCGGUGGUGCAACCUCGCUCCUCGCCCUCUCUGGUCUUUUCUACCUCAUCCAAGAGAAGAAUCUGGACUACCCACAAUUCUACACCAAACUCUAUUCCCUCCUCGAUGCGGAUCUGCUGCACUCCAAGCAUCGAUCACGAUUCUUCCGACUCCUAAACACUUUCCUCGCCUCGACCCAUCUUCCCGCUGCCUUGAUGGCUAGUUUCAUCAAGAAGCUGGCUCGCCUGGCCCUUAAUGCCCCUCCUUCGGCCAUUGUGGUCAUCGUUCCUUUCAUGUACAAUAUUUUCAAGAGCCACCCCACAUGUAGCUACAUGAUGCACCGCGUGGUGAACGACCAGAAUAUUGCAGCCGAAAUUGAGGCAAAGGGCCUGGACGAUCCAUUUGAUCCCACUGAGAGUGAUCCGAUUCGCACUGGUGCCAUCGACAGCAGUCUUUGGGAGAUUGAGACCCUCCAGUCUCACUACCACCCCAACGUUGCGUCCAUCGCGAACAUCAUCUCCGAGCAGUUCACCAAGCAGCACUAUAACCUGGAGGAUUUCCUGGACCACACCUACCAAGGUAUGGUGACACAAGAGUUGGGAACCGGAGAGAGACCAUUGAAGAAGACCCCCGUGGUGGAAUACCAAAUUCCCAAGCGUAUCUUUACCGAUCGUCUUCUCGAGGAGGAUGGUGGUGUCGACUCUGGCGCUGGAGCCUUCAUGCGUGGCCUGUGGGAGUUUUCCUGA